AGUGCAAAAUGUGAAUUGUGGAAAGUAUUACAUCGAAUAUUUUGCUUCCUUGAUUAUUUAAUCAGCUAUAAUUUAUAGUUUUGUUUUGCCCAAGCGGUCUUUACUUAUUCAGGAUCAACUGGAGACCAUAAACACUUAAGGUUUCAUUGAAUAUACCUUUAGAUUCGGUUGUGAAAGAUGGAUCCGGGGAUCCUUUGUUUCCACCAUUGUGCCCACAAAGUUUUCUGCACAAUUAUCCCGGAACAAUGUCCGGUAUGUGAGCAGAAACUAGAUCGAUAUGACUACAAUUUGUUACCAUUUAGGGUGCCGUAUCCCUUCGUUAAGGCAUCUCAGCACCCGAGAGCUAUAGUCAUGAAGCCUACUCAUGGAGAUUUUCUCAACGAUUACUACAACUCCAAAGACUUGCACAUAGGGGUGACUAACUCGCAUGGGUGUGUUGUGGAGUUCAGUGAAGGUGGUGUGAAUGGUGUUGACACUUUGACCAAAAAAUGGAGCACUUGUGAUGCAAGCUCUGACUGGGACCAGUGCCUCCUACUAGAAGAGUUUGAUGAAUUAUGGAAUGAGAUUUGGGAUAGUGUACUUAUGAAGGUGAGCCUCAGUCCACUUUGGGAAGCAGAUAGAUAUAAUGAGGAGAGACAUAAUUGCUUUACAUUUGUACUGGCUUUCCUAAGGGCUCUGGACUGUGGAGAACUCUCUGACAAGGCACGAGACCCCAAACUCUUCUGCAAACAAUAUGUGGUUCCUAGAACCUCUGCGGCCGGGAAGUACAUCUCCCUGUACCGCCAGCUCAAGCGACAGGACUACUUCAUACAGAGCCAAUGAUACCAUGACUUUGUCUAAAUUACUAUUUAUUAUUUUACUCAGUAUUAACUGUGAUGUUAAAUGUUUAGGUAUGAAAUAUCUGAAAUUGUGGUGCAUUUAAGUUAGACCAAAUCAUAAUUUUAAUUCCAUAUUUAUAAUGCUUUGUCUUCUUGCCUUUAUAGGAAUUUGUAUUAAACAUAUAUUUAUGUUGCCUAUUAUGAUGUAAUCAUUAUUUAGAUUAGGUUAUUGUUGGAAAUAUAGACUGAGCACUAUGAAUUUUAACUCUUUUCCUUGGCUAUACUCUGUUUUUUUUUCUUGAUUAUAAUUUUUCUAACUUUAAAAGUAGUUAUCAACUUUUUCUUCUGAAAUGCUAGGAUAUUUGAUAUCUCGGUACAAUAAUAUGUAAAAGACAUUAUAGUUCAGUACAUAAUUACUGAGAUUUAAUUUUGGCGGAAAAAGUUACCACUACUCUUCAGAUUAGAAAAAUUCUAAUCUAAAAAAUAUGGAGUAUAGGUUCAUAAAAGAAUUGAUGUUACUUAGUAUUUGAUGUAGGUGCCUCACUAAAAUCUACUGUCCACAACUUCCAUUAGUAAUGGUUUGAAGGUGACACAUCCUGUAAGUUUCAUUAAAUAAAGGAUAAUAAGUACCUAAUUGAUUAAUGACAAUAAUUGCGGAAGAGCGGUGUCUCUUAUCACAAGUAUCUCUGAAUACUUAAAAAGAGACAUCUACCCUGUUAUUGUAAAAAUCAUGUAUGCUAACGAAUAAAAAAAAAAAAAAAAAAAAAAAAAAAUUGAUAAUUAUCAUUGAAAUCCAUCCUAAAUUUAGUUAAUCAAAUCUAUAAUUUUCUUUGUUAUAUAUAAUUAAUUGGAUUAAUUUUAUCACUUUUUUUAUUAUAAAUAAGCUGGUCAGUCAUCUUCAAAUCUUGAUAAUAUUAUGACAUAAAUCCUUUUGGUACAUGAUGUUUAGAUAGGUAUAUUAAGAAGCAAACAUUUAAAAAGUAGUGUUCAAAUAUUAAUAAUAAAACUAUAUUGCUCAUAAGAAUGUGUAUGCAUGCACUACCUAUGCUUAUUCAAACGAAUGUAUCUGUGUGUAGCAUCUCAUAUCAUCCACUAUCAUGAGUUGUAAGUGUUUUACACAACAUAUUUCUGUAAUGUUGUCCAUAUAACAAUAUAAUAGUUAACCCUUUGACUGCCAAAGGCGUCAACGCGGCCGCGGCCCAAUAUCAACCUUCGUGCGUUCCGACAAGGUUCACGGUGCUCCACCGCCCACAAUAUGCGUGGCGUUCAAAAGGUUAAAGAGUGUUUUUCAAAGAAAUAGGAAUAUAAUUUUCACAAUUUUUCAAUGUUACUCGAAUCUGCUUGCAUUACAAAUACUAUCCAUUAACCCAUGUUAACAUUUAGGAUUAAUAAAAUGUUAUAAGCAUGCCUGGAGAGUGAAUUUUGCUAGGUACUAAGCUUGUCCAAAUAAUUAUUAGGUGUGUCUGUAGUAUGUGAAUAUCAUUGCAUAUCUUGUCUGACUUGUAGACAUUCAUUAUGACCAUUUUAUAACUUAUUUUCAGUUCCUACGUUUUCUAAAAGACUUAGAGUUUGUACGCGGCAAAGAUCUCAAUGACAAAAAUUCUAGGUGCUACAUUUUUGAAAUAAAGGAUUUGUUAAAACUA